AUGGCCGAGUUGCCAUUCCAAGUGGUAAAGCUCCUUCCAGAACUUCUUCCAAUGUCUAUAAGAAAGAGGAAGAAGCCGCAGAAGUUGCUCAGAGCGAAGGGCCGUAUCUUUGCGGUGGUGUUUGCGGCUAAGAGAAGCAAAAUUCUUUGCCUGGCACCAUUUGCGUUCUUCAGGACUAAGUUGGGCCAGGGCCUGGACUUUAGUCAUGAGCUGAGUGGCCGAAGCACUGUGCGGUCUUAA